AUGGCUCAGAUCAACCCAAAACAGAACAUUAGUUUCUCUAUCGAUGGAAUCCUUAAUUCUGGCAACGAAGACGAUAGAUUUCAAAGGAAUCGUGAAACUUGCAGCACUUUUGAAACGAUUUCUUUCAAGAAAGCAGUGACAACGGAAGAUGGAAGCAAUAUUAGAGGCGACAACAGCCCCAAUAACAAUAAUAGCCUGAUCAGCAUGGAGAAGAACACAGGUCAGCCUUUUUUUGCUUUUUAUGUUUAAGAAGAUUGUUUAUUGUUAUUUCUGUUAGUAAGAAGGGUUGUUAUGAUCAUAGCAGGCAAAAAAAGACUGAGUAGAAAAGGAAAGCUUUAUCAAAACCCAGCUGAUCAAUGUUGGCUUAACUUAAAAUAACAAUGAGCCCCGGAAUUAGUCCAUAGACUGACUCAGUGAUAGUAGUUCGUGUAGUAAAGCCCGCCGUCUUAGUGUUUUUAAAAUAAAUUCAGCAGUUGUUAGUGUCGAGAUUUAUUUAUUAUUUUCGUUCUCUGACGAGAAAGUCCUGGCAACAUUUUCAUGACUCGUCUGGAACUUAUUGAAUCAAAUGACAAAGUUUCCCCGAUAAUCGAGCUCUCCUUUUAAUACCGUGGAAAACUAUUAGAAAUCUCAAUAUCCAGAACAAAUUUCCCUUACAAAAGGGUUCAACACUGUUGAAAAUGAGUGAGUGUUAGUGGGAAAGUAUUGUUUCUUUCCAGUGAGGUAGAAUCCAAUUAAAAAGGCAUUGACUUUAGUUAAAUUGGAUAACUUUUUUAACCAGAUCAUCUGAAGAUGGCUACGUCCGAUUCUACCUGAUAAAUAAUCAUUAUAGGUCAGUGUUCGAAAGGCAGCUUUAAGUUAUCGCGAAAGACCAUUGGCUUCAAAGGAAACAAUUGCCAUGUCACACGCUCAACUGAGAAAUACGCAUGUUUAUUGAUGCAACCGUUUCAGUUUGCGGAGUUUGUAGACCGACGUUUCGACAGUAUUGACUUUGAACAUUUUUGCCAAAAUUGUGCGGUUCUUUUGUUUAACAGAGCAGAUACUAAAAACAGUUUUAUUGGUUUUUGUUAUAUUCCUCUUGUCUCUCAAAAAGACUGACGUAUUUCAUCUUCUCGACAUGAUGGCGGUGUUUUCGACAAGCUGGCCGAUUCAGGAGAAUUGAAUAUAUAGAUAUAUAUAUACGUUGUUCAAAAAAUCACAAUUCGUAUCUCUACGUGAAACAGUGUUUGAAUGGUCAAUGAGUCUGUAGACUUUCCCGGAUUUGUUACGAACCGUGGCUUUUUUACCAGAGGAAAUUUUAAUAUUUCUAAGUGCAGUAAUGUCGUUCUGACGUCUUGAUACUGACAUGUCAUACCAGAUUUUGGCCACCGAAUAAAAUCUGGUUUCUUCUGGUACUGUUCGCGUUUUAACGCCAGUAGUUAAGAAAACGAAACUUCUUGGUUAUUUUUUCAUUAAUGCUAAUUUUGACCACUCUUGGGAGUAAAAUGCCUUGAUAAUCGUGACAAGUAGAAGAAAACGUGAAGGACUUUGCGUUUAUCGCUAUUGAGUGCAUUAUGUGGUGGGGAUUAUUGCAAAUUAAUCCCUACAAGAAGACAGGAAAAACGCGAAAUUACUUUUUAAGAAUCUUAUCUAAAACAUCCCAAUUCUCACGCAUUGUUUUAAGGGAAUUGAGUUGGUACAGUUUGCAAAUACAAAAACCUCCCCCAAAUCCUUUAUUACGUGGGAUUUAAAACGAAAUCAAGACUAUCAUCAAUUGAUACGAGGCAUUGCUGAAUUAUAAAAGUAAGAUUAUAGAAUGAAAUACUUGAACCUCUUAACAGACUGUCUAAAAUCUCUGACAAUUUGGAGUAUGCAAGGAGAGCACAGGGUGGUAUGGAAAUGACAUGUUCUGCAAAGGUCUUCCUGUAAUUUUUCCAUUUAGCCUCACCACAAAGAGGACUGCGAGUUCUUCCUCUUCUUGAUUGGCAUAUCAUUAUUAUAAAAUUGGAUAGAAAUUUCGUCGAAACAGCGAGUCAUUCCUGCUGGCCUGUCUGACAGUCAAGGCGCCAUUUUGUCUCAAGAUGGGUUUCUGACCCCUGAGAUUAAGUCCUCAGCAGAUUGCAAGGUGUAAAUUUUUUAACAGUGGGCGGAGUUGUGUUGUUGAGGUACUCUUGGCUCCCAACUUUAUACAUUGAGAACACGCAAACGUUCUUCUAAAUUUUAAUCAGAUCUUUUUUUCUACUUUCACGUCUUGUCACCUUGCUAUCCGCCCAACGCCCUCUUUACUGAUACUGAUCGAAAAUUAAUAUCUUAUCUAAUGUUCAAGGAAAAAUGUGUUGGUUUUAGCUCGUGGAUCUAAAAAACAAUAAGUAAUAUUAAGAAUCUUCGCCUCAAAUAAGAAAGGGCAAACAAAAUUUAAGUCAGUUUUUACCGGAAUCAUAAGUCGACAGAUAAAAUAAAGUUGCCAAAUAAAAGACCUUAUCUUUUACUUUCUCAGCUCUGCAACAUUCCAAGUUCAUCUUUUCCUUGUCAGCUGAGUCUUGCAAUUGUCAAUGAGUGACUUCAGACUUCUAUGGGUUGACUUAAGGGCAUUAAGAUAACAAACUUUCCUGUAGCCAGGCUACGUUAUAAAACUUGCUUUUGCCAUACACUUAAUGCUUAGUUCGCAAUGAAAGAGGCAAACAGGCCGAGUAAAACAAAGUGCCCAUGCAUCGCAGAAUCUUGCUGACAGUAUGUUGCUCUCACACAAUUGAUAAUCUCACAGAAUAAUCCCUUCGAUGACAUGAACUGUAUGGAUUUCAUACGAUUUCUUUACUUUCUUUACUGGACAACGUGGCUAGCCUAUCAUAUGAGGUAAUAAAUGGAAUCCUAAAGCGUAAAAUCAUCGCAAAAUAACAAAAAAAAAUCAAGCAGAGGUAGUCCGUGGUACAUAUAUUUUUACCGUGUACGAGUUCAUCACUUUUAAUUCGUAUAUGAACUGUUAUGAUAAAGUAUGACAGUAGUACAGUGUACAUGAUAGAACUGGAUUUAGAAGACAGUAUCGUCAAAUCCUGUCGUACCUUUAUUUUUUAAAUUACUAUGCUACGUGAACAAGGAAACACCUACUUAUGGAUCCCUUUUUGGAUGAUAUCCUAUCUAGAUUCUUUUCAUGUCGUGCACGCUCUAUUAUCCAGGUGGAUCUGCCUAAAAUACUUAUGAAAACGAAACUAACGCGCAGUAUUUCAACCUUCUUGGAAAGCGAGAGUUUCUUUGCAGUUCUUUACAUUGUAAGUCAGCAAUUUUAACGUUAAUUUUUAUUCUGAUAGUCUUUUUUUUUUUCAGUUUUUUCUUCUUUUAGAGACGUUACUCGAUGAUCGAAACUUGAAGUUUUCGCUACGCAAAUAAACAAAGCUACUGAUCAGAUUUUGCCAACAAUUUUGCUAUUCCGGUCAUAAGAAAUUACUGCUUUCUGUUUAAGCCAUUGAGUUACUUUAUUAUUUCUUCCUUUUCAGCUUUUUAGGACAAAUUACUACACCAUAUUAUCUGUUUUUCCGGUCAUAAAAAUCUCAUUGUGGUCGUUACUCCAGUCUGACCUUAAGAGCUAAUUGUUCCAGUGCAGACAUCGUUUUGCCAUUAACCCACUACCGGUCUAUUAUCAGCUGUUAUUUACCACCCGGAAAAUACAUAUCUACCAUUAAAACUCCCGCAAAAUAUUUGAGAAAAGUUCUGCAUUCUAUUUCGUGCGAAAUAUGGGUGACAACAACUCGCGAGAAGUUUGAGUCGAAGACUGAGGCCUUUGAUUCCGAAAUUAUAUUUUUCUUUCCCCUAAUCUAAGUAAGUUUCAUGUAAGGCUGUUAUCUUAUUCUACCUUUUUCUAAAUAUAUAAAUCAAAGAAACUUCAUCAUUGUAGAAUGUUUAUUUGGUUUAAACAUUAGUAUGAUGCAACUAAACUUAAUGCUCGACUCUAACUACAAUAAAUUAUUUAGCAAUUUGUCAUAACCAGACAAAUGAAUCAGUUCUGCCAUUUCAGGCUUCUCCACUUGGAAAAGAACAAAAUACACCUGUAGAAACAGCAUCAUUAAAACUUUUUGAGGCGCAUUAAGCGCACAAAAAAACAACAAUUAUUUUAGUCAGCUUCAUUUGAAAAUUGUUGAUAGAAGUAUAAAAAGGGUGUAACUUUAUAUACGAGUUGAACUAACGUGGUACUAGCUUUUAACACAUCAAAGUAUGGCAUUCCGAAAACAGUUUUUUUUUUCUCUAUGUAUAGUUCUUUUUAGAUGUUUCAUAGCAUUUAGUAACACACUCCACUCAUUUUAUUUCUAUAAAUUUAAUUCAUUCCACUUUAGUCCUAAGAUUUUGAGGACAGGCACACCUCCACAGCCUGAUCAUUCAAAACUAAUAGUUACAAUACUAUAGUGUGAUUUUACCCACUCUAGUUAAAAGGAUGAACCUCCUGUGAGAUCCUAGAAAUCACUGAAUGUAAUUACUCGAGACUUAACCAUAUUGUUUAACAAAACGGCAGCUUAGCCCGGCACUGUGAUGAUACAAAACUUUUGCCACACUUAGAACUGUAUUUCACUACAGAUUGUAAUCCCCUCGAUCUAAAAUUUCAAAUAAAGUAUCUCACGGAACGAAUUUCCUCUUAUUUUGUUACUUCUUUCACCGCCAAUCAAGAAAAACAAGGACAAUAAAAGAAUACCAAAACGCUAAAGGUUUAACUCGGUAAAAACCUUUGUUCUAUAGUCAGACAAAACUUUCUUCGGCUCUGGUUUUAACUGUUUUGUGUUGCAUGCGAAGUGUUCAUUCUGGCGCUGUGUUUUUUUCAUCGAGUUGUCCGCCGAUACCCUGCUGUCUUUGCGUGGGAGAACUUAAAAGGUUCACACAUUUUUCUUAAGGCGAGUGUAACUCAAUUACUUUCCUGUCUUGGCCAAGUGGUGCUGAAAAAGAGAAAAUUCAAGUCUUCCAAUGGGUUCUUAAAGCGAGUAAACAGUACUACUAAUAAUAAUGUAACUGAAAUGGUGCCUUGUAUCUUCUCUUUCAACUGAAGAUUCUAAUGGCGCUAAUGCAUUUUGUAGCGCUUAAAAGUUCUAAACUUGAGAAAAUCCAAAUAUUAAAAAAAGUACUUUAUGAAGUACUCAGAAAAAAUUUAGUACAAAUGGGAAGGUAUGGCCCAAAAAGGUUUCAUUUGAAAUUCUACACCACAGAAUUUCGUCUACAGACUCAAAAAGCUUUAAAAAGUACAUUUCGUGUGGAUCAUGGCUUUGGAAAUGAACUGUCAGUAAAGAAGAAGAGCACAUUAGAGAGGGCCUGUACUUUUCUCAGUGGGAGCAAGGUGUCAAGAAUAAAGCGCGUUAAAAUGCAACAUUAUAUUAUAUUCUCCCCCAUUCUUCGAACCACGUAUUUUGCUCACUUAUAGCGUUUGAAUAACAAAACCCUUAAUUCAGUUCACAUCCCGAUAAUAGAGAGAUCUCUAAUGUUAAAAUGAGGCAAAAAAAAUGAGGUUAUAGAAGAUUGAUACAUUUUGUUUGAGGAAUGUGUAGGAACUGAAUGAACAAAUAUUUUCGUGCUAGCUUCUAGCUACUGAAUCUGUGGACGAGACGGGAAAUCCGUGCGAAAAAUGAAAAAUAGAAGCUUCUGACCAGUCAUUUCCUGUGGUACUGUUUAUUAUGUUGUGCAAAGAGAUUCUGACCUUCGAGUCUAAUGAUAAAAUCCUAUCGUGUGCCGAUUAUUCAACUGAAGGCUACUAUAAAGCAGUACUCUCCUGUGGUGCUGUUUAUUUUGGCGUAUAGUGUUCCUAACGGCCAGAGACUGUUGAUGAAAUUCAUUGUACAAAGUGGUUUUAUACCUUUUUAGUCUCGAGACGAACUCCUGUAGGGUAACCAUUCUUUUUCUCCCUCUUUUACGGUUUCUAUAUCACACACUAUACUUUAUUUUCAUACACAUCACUUUGCCAUCUUUGCCCGCAAAUAGCAAAAGCUGGACAAGGCGGGCGGAGAGGAAAGGUUACAGCAGUCAUAACAGAUAAUAUUGUAAAGUAACUAAAUAAACUAUGUGGAUAAAUAAGAAUAUCCUCUACAAAAUGAAAUUGAAAUUUUUUAAACGCUAUAAUUUAAGGCAUUAUUUGUAGUUAAAGGGCAAAGAAUACUACUGGCUCUACGAGUGAAAAAGUCAUUUAUAAUUUCCAAUUUCCUUCAGGAUCAAAGUCUGAGGAAAGGGUCCGUCAUGAAGCAAAUACCAAGGAUGUAGACAAGACAAAAACGCCUGGCAAGAAAAAGAGGCGCAUUUUAUUCACCAAGGCCCAGGUUUAUCAAUUAGAGAGUAGAUUUCGCGUCCAAAAGUACCUCUCCGCUGUUGAGAGAGACCAGUUAGCAAGAAUGAUAAACUUAACCCCUUCACAAGUGAAGAUUUGGUUCCAGAACCAUCGAUACAAAAGUCGUCAACAAAUCAAACAGGAUGGGCAGUUUGAGGAAGACAUCAAGACGCCUUGUGGGGGACAUUACCAUCCUGCCGAGGUGCCGUGCUUACAGCCGUGCCCAUAUUAUGAGCCUAGAGACAAUAUCAGUACGUUUCCGUCUGCCUUUAUGCCCUGGACCCCUGUUUGUCCUCCACCCCCUGUAAGCACUCUGACCUCAGUAACUGCGCAACAAAAUCAAAACUAUUUGCGUUAUCCUUCAUGUCAGUAUGAAAGGCAAAGACACGUUUACUUUCAUCCUCCACUAUUUUACUAA